AGUUUUUUUUUUUUUUUUUUUUUUUAAAUCUAGAAAAUAGUUUUAAAAAUCAAUCACCGCUGGGUGAACGUAGGGAAAAUAAUCCUCCGCGCGAUAUAAUCGCCCUGGUUCAUCUAGGCUGGCCUGCUGCAUCAGCCGUCGUUCACCAACCGCGGAUGAGAUCUAGUACCAGGGAAAUGGCGGAGGGAUUAACAUCGUCGACGACGUCUUCUUCUCAUGAGAAGAGAAGAAACAACACAACAGGCAGCAACAACGUUUUACGCAACAACAGUUGGAGCCACGGUGACGACAGCGGAGACGACAGCGAUUUGCUAAACGGAAAUGAAAAUGAUCAGCCGAGGACGAUGCAAUCGAGUCCGCGACAGAGUCACCGUUUCUACAGUUCGACGUCCGUGGCGGAGGAUAGAAUGCGUCGGAAGUUGAGAUUCUUCUUUAUGAAUCCCGUAGAGAAGUGGCAGGCCAAGCGUAGAAUACCGUACAAAUUUAUUAUCCAAGUGAUCAAACUAAUACUGGUCACGGUGCAGCUAUGCCUUUUUGCUCACAACAAUUACAUGCACGUCAAUUACGCAUGGGAUAACCGAAUUGCAUUUUCGCACCUUUUUCUAAAGGGAUGGGACAACACUCAGGAGGUAGCCGCCUAUCCACCAGCAAUUGGUCCGCUUGCGCUGUACAGACAAGAUGAAUUUUUCCAGACGAUAGAUUACGCUUUGAAAGGUUACAACAACCUGAGCAACGCGAUAGGCCCUUAUUCUUAUAUAAAUGAAGAUAAUUCGAUAGCACCGGUUCAACUCUGUCUUCAUCGUUACAAAGUGGGAAAGAUAUUUGGUUUCAACGAGAGUUACGUCUUCAACAGCGAAAUCGAAGAGAAAUGUUGCAACGUGCCGCACAAUCUUUCGAAAAGUUUUGAGUCUCGUAAAUUUUUCCAAGAAAAACAAGAGCCGAUCGAUUUCCCUGCGUUGGUCAGGGCGUAUUUAAAGUUUGCCAUUAAAACCGUCAACUUUAAAGCAGCUGGUGCAAUUACACCGCCCGAUUGCUACCUGUUCAACAUUACGAUUGAUUUUGACAACCGAGAUCACGAUGGACAAAUGCUUUUGUCUUUGGACGCAGAUCCGAUAAGGCUGCAGUGCAAGGAAGAUGCUACUUACAUAAUGGACAAUCAGAUUGAAAUGGCGCUUGGAACGCUUUUGAACAUGCUGGUAAUGAUUGUUUGCACGACAUCGCUGAUUCUCUGUUCGAGAGCAAUAUACAGAGCGCAGCUACUCAAGUUUGAGACUAUAAAUUUCUUCCAAAACGCAUAUGGCAAAAAUCUGAGCGUCGAAGGCAGGCUCGAGUUUCUUAAUUUAUGGUACAUCAUGAUAAUCAUCAACGAUCUAUUGAUCAUAAUGGGAUCCGCCAUCAAGGAGCAAAUUGAGAGAACACAUUACGGAGGCGAUCAGUGGAAUGUCUGCAGCGUUUUUCUGGGCACCGGUAAUCUUUUGGUGUGGUUCGGAGUUCUGAGGUAUUUGGGCUUCUUUAAAACGUACAACGUCGUCAUACUGACGUUGAAAAAGGCUGCGCCCAAAGUGGCCAGAUUCUUAAUUUGUGCGAUAUUGAUAUACGCUGGUUUCACAUUCUGCGGCUGGCUAAUUCUUGGCCCGUAUCACAUGAAGUUCCGCUCUCUAGCUACAACUUCGGAAUGCCUCUUUGCCCUGAUAAACGGGGACGACAUGUUUGCAACAUUUUCAAUAAUGUCAUUCAAAUCGUCCAUGCUCUGGUGGUACUCGAGGAUAUACCUAUACUCGUUUAUUUCGCUCUACAUUUACGUGGUUCUCAGUCUAUUCAUAUCCGUGAUAAUGGAUGCUUACGACACGAUAAAACUCUACUAUCGUGACGGUUUUCCAAAGAGCGAUGUACAAUCUUUCGUCGCAAUUUGUACAGACGAGGCGUCGAGCGGUGCGUACAUGUCAGAGAACGACGAUUCCGGCAAUAUCACUGAAUUGUUUGAUAAAUUUUUUUGUUGUCGUAAAAAACCGUAUUCCACUUUCGACGAAUCGAGCACAAACAGCGGCUCUGCUAAGUCAGAACCAGUUUGCGGCACGGCUAUCUGUAUAUAGUAAAUUAAUAAAUCAUCAAAGUUUGUACAGCAGAUACGGAUCAUUGCCAGAAAGUAAAUUCUAGCAGCCAUGGUAUUCGAUAUUCACAAAUAACUUUCACUUCAACACUAAACAUACUCCACAGAUUUUGCUCAUCAUCUAUUAUCGCAUUUACCAACACACUGUACGCAGAUAAUAGUUAGUAGCUAUUGGUACAGUGGAAGGGUGCUAUAUAUUUAUUAUCUUACUGAAUUAUUACCAACGAUUUCAUGUGUAUACAGUAUACGUUACAAUUGUAUACGAUUAACAGAUUUAUGUAUACGCUCUUUGUUCUAUCGUUUGUUGUUAAAAGCUUUUUAUACUUUAUAAUUCGCGUUGCUCAAGUUUCCGUUUACUUAACAAUCUCCAGUGUCGAUAACAAUCAUGAAAUAGAAUGUUCGCCGAAGACUAGGAUCAAAUUGCACAAUUGAUUCCACUUGUUAUGUUUCCCACCAUUUAUUAUUGUAUAUUAACAAGUGCCUCGCUCAUUUUGUCUACAAUAUAUAAUUCAAUGGCUGUAUUUGUAUUUUAAGAUUUGUAUAUAAAUUGAUCGACUUAGUUGGAGGCGGAAAGCAGCAUUCUCUUCAUUUUGUAUUUCGAUACGAAAUCUGGGAAAGAUUUCUUUACAAAGUGUUCAUUUUAAACGUGUAAAUAAUAUAACCGAUAUUGUAGAAUUAAAAUUGAAAUACUAAAAAGGAUUCUAAGUCCGUAUAGUUUAUAAAUAAAUAAAUUAAUAAAAACGCCUAGUUAUAACAAACGCACGAUUAAUUUAUAGCUAGCUAAUUUGUGAUACAGAUAAUAAUGUUUUACAAAGACAAACGAAUCGAUACAAUACUAGUUCAUCCUAGUUGAAAAUGUAGAUUGCUUAAAAAAACUCGAUCCGGUAAUCUAACAGUGCAAUGUACACCCAGAUAUAUUUGCUAUCAAUUUAUAUCAUACAUAACUAGAGCAAUGUCAACUAUUGUCAAUCACGCUAAAAAUAAUUUCUUAGAUAUACACUGAAGAGCAGAACUUCCAGUCAAGUUGCCUUCAGAAUGAAAUUAUUUUA